AUGUCUGAUUGGAGAAAAUUCCAACAAAAGAUGAAAGAAAAAAGACUUAGAAAGGGAACAAAAGAUGCAGCGUCUUCAAAGAAAGAAUUUGAGACGAUUGUAGUGCAGCGGCUGAGUGCCGAAGUGACCGGUAAGGCUCAAAAGUAUUCUGGUAUUGGUGCCAGGGAGUGUGUGUCGUUCGAGGAAUUCGGAGAGCUGACGAUACAAAAUAUCAAAGAUACCUGUAUGAAGCAUUUUGGUAUAACUGAUGGCGGAAUGUACUGUGACGUUCUUGCCGGAGAACAAGGUCCAACUUGUACCUCCCUGAAACACCUACCAAGUUACAAAGUAAUUCAGGAGCGAUUUUUCGACGAAGAGGCAGUUGUGGAAGUAUCUUCUGCUGAACGUUUCCCUGCUGCAUUUGCCGAAGCUUCGUCGAAAAAGAGAAAACCACAUCGAAUAGGAAGUCCUCCAACAAAUCACACGUCUGCCAAGAUGGACUCUGGUGCAAGUCCUAGCAAGUUUGUACCAAGGAGCCUUUCUGUUUUGGAUAUGAUAAGACUUGGGAAGGUCAUAAGUAAGAAAACAACAUCCGUGCAAAUAUAUGCGUUUGAUAUAAAAGGUAUGUCCUGGUCAGAAACUCCCACAGGUUUCGGAAAAGCUUUUAAAUCCACCAGUCACCACAAGAGUUUUGAAGGCUCCACAUGGGUAAUAGAAGAAGUAUUUACGGGCGGUAAAACUUGUGAUAAAAAACAUUUAAAAUUUAUAGUUGCUUUUUAUGAUCAUUAA